AAGGAGCAGCAGGGGUGAAUCCAGAAAUCACUCACGCCCAGGGCUGGAUCUUCUCAUCCUGCCUUAAUUACUCCACUCUACAUUUAUUUCUUUAUGAAUCAUCUUUUUUCUUAUUUUCCAAGGAUUAAAAACUGGGCUCUUGGGCAUAGGCCCCCGGCUGCAGCCAGAGUUGCCCGAGGUGUAAAUCGGGCUCUGAGCAGUAGCAUGGAGAACACGGCACAACGCUCAGGCAACGAGCCAAGUGAGCUACCGUACGAGUUGAUAAAACUGAUUACAAAGGAUUUCAGCGAGGAGCUUGGGCGUGGUACAUUCGGAAUAGUUUAUAAGGGCGUGUAUGCAGAUGGUGCAGAGAUUGCCGUGAAGGUAUUACGCAACAUUUCUGGAGGACUGGAUGAUGUGGAAUUUCAGAAAGAAUUUGACAAUCUUAGGGGGCUCAAGCAUCCAAAUAUUGUAGAGCUAGUGGCGUUCUGCAAUGAAAUAGUGGAAGAACCUGCAGAGUUUCAAGGACAACAAAUUACUGCCGGACGUGUGCGUACCGCACUCUGCUUCGAGUAUGUACACAAUGGUGGCCUAAACAAGUUUAUUAGUGAUCAAUACACAGGACUUGGCUGGCCUGAGCGCUACAAAAUAAUCAGAGGUGUUUGUGAGGGUCUAGCAUAUCUUCGCUUGGAAAUAGAGAAUCCAAUAAUGCAUCUCGACUUGAAACCUGAGAAUAUAUUGCUAAAUAAGAAUAUGGAAGCGAAAAUCGCAGAUUUUGGAAUAUCAAAGCUCUUCGGUGAAGAGAACACAAAAAAGACAAUGAGUGUCAUAGGUACAAUGGGAUAUUGGCCACCAGAAUACAUAAAGCAUCAAAUUAUAUCAAAAGAGUUUGACAUAUUUAGUUUGGGUGUAAUCAUUGUAAAAAUAAUGGUCGGACAGAACUACAAUUCUAUUGUCGAGAUGACAGCCCGGAAAUCUAUCAAGCUUGUACAUGAAAGUUGGAAAGAUAGGCUAAGUGCAACGAUACCGAGUCACAAACUUGAAGCAUAUUGCAAUCAGGUGAAAAGAUGCAUUGAGAUAGCACUAGAUUGCUUGAAGUCAAACCGACAAGAAAGGCCUACUAUAAAACAUAUUGUUGCUUGUUUGAAAGAGACGGACACAAUGUUCUAUGAAGAUGAUGGAGAUUCAUCCACUCUUUCUUCAGAUAUCAACAAUAUCACCACACCUUCUUCAGAAACCAGCUUCAUCCCGCAAUCAGAAAAUGGGCCAGACUUGGAGCUGCUUGAUUCAGAACACACGGAGCUGCUUCACGUCCAACCCCGGGAGCUCUGCUUCCCAUUCAUGUCGUCGUUGGAAGUACUACCAAGAAAGAAGGCCAUGAUCUCCUGCUCGCUGCAACUAAACAACAAGGAAAACGACCGCGUCGCAUUCAUGCUUGUGGCCAAGACUCCGAAGAAGUACUUGACAAGGAAGCCGCUCUGCGGCAUUGUACCUCCAAGGUGCAUCUACACUCUCAGUCUCACAAUGCCCAAGCAGCCACCAGUGACAUCGUCAUCAGACAGCGGCGGCGACUACUUUACACUGUACACCACCUUAGUGAGCCAAUACGACCCCCGCGAUCACGACAAAGAUUCCGUCUCCGUCAAGUACCACAAGCUCUUUGAGAAGGCCAAGCAGGCCGGCGAAGAGGUGCACGAGCUGACGCUGAGGGCUAUUUGUGAUCAACCAGCUCAAGGGGCGUCGUCGUCUGAUCAGGUAACUAAUUAA